UUUAGAUCGGGCUGCGUCCGCGCAACCGCGGGCGUCGAUUUUUGUUACCGGCGCCCGUGCACGAUCGAUUCUUUUUUUUUCUCACACAGCACAUUCUGUAUUAGACACUACACUUUAUGAAAAGUUUAUCUCACAAAAUACAGUGUAACCGCGGUUUUCAACUAAAUGGACGCAUGAGAAAUACUUUAUACAUUUCAUUUUGAAAGAUUGAAAGAGAGCACUUUAUCUAUCUCGAUGGUUUUUUUGCACUGCAACUUUUGCAUUCGAAUCCUGUGUUGUGUUAAAGUUUGGAACGAGUGAAAUUGGUACCAGUACUGGUUUAAGAACGUGGUAUCGUGGUACCAAUUAGUUCAGCAAGUCAAGUUCAUUGUCAGUGUAUUUAUCUUGAUUUAAAAAACUGAUGUGCAAGUAGGCGGCGCUAGUAUGCGCGGCGUCACGUGAACGCCAAUGGCGUCCGACGCGCGCCCUCGAUCGCCGCAGGAUGGCGCGCGAAGACGGCGCGACUUCUCCAGGUUCCCUGUCUCCGUACGUGACGCUGGGUGCGGUGCGGUACGCUGUUCGCCGCGCGCCGCCGCCGCGGGCCUGCCCUUGCCGCUGCUGCUCCGAGGAGGCAGUGGCGGCGUGCCUCGGACGCGCCAAGCCUGAUCGCCGCACACUGGAGCGCUUCAGCCGCAACCUGGGCCGCGGCGGGCGUGAAGAGCGGCCCUCCCGCCAGAAGCGCUUGCGGGACCUAACGGACCGCCUGCUGCGCUCCCACACCACUCCACCGCACACCCCGCCUCCCCCACCGCCGCCGCCCCCGCCGCCGCCGCCGCACUCGGCCCCAGUGCUGCCUCCUGUACCGCCACCUAGAUCCCGACAUCGCCAUAGCCCUCCGAGAGGAGUCUCAGUUGAUCGUUAUGAUGAUUUCGAUGCAAAUAAUAUAACUCUGGUUCGGGUUGAACCACGUUCAAUUGUCGGCUCGUAUGCGCAAAAGACUAUCCCGUACCGAAGCGCAUCAUUCUCACAAGGAGACUUCGCACCAGAUAAGUACUAUCGUGGUACCAACCGACAGCCUUCGGUUUUUGAUUUCGGUAAACGAUCACUGAGAACAGAUACUGAGCGUCCUGCGAUAUCAACUUCAAAUCGUGAUAUUGAAUCUAGUAGUGCGAUUGAAGAAAAUGUGACUGAAGGUGGAUCUGUUGCUUCGGUAGAUUCCGCCGUUGGAUCUGACGAGGGUCUAUUAGCUCACGCGUCGCCGGACCCACGAUCUCCACCUCCGGACACGCCCCAUAAACAAUUAGGUGCUCGGUCGUUAACCCACCCAUUGCCGCGUAGAGUACCUCCGGUUCGAGAGGAAGGUGAAUCUAGUGGUAGUCUCCCUGCAUUGAUAGCUCCGCGUGUGUUACAUGAACUACGUGAGGAAAGUGACGGCUCGCAAGCCGAUAGUGCUCAAGCUCACAGUGAAGGGACGUCACCUCUUGAACCUGCCCAACCUUUUACUUUUCCACCGCUACCUGCGCCUCCUUCAAACUCUUGUGCAAAUGUGGACUGUGAAUGUGCUAAUUUUCCGGUCGCGCGAGACGAUUCUGCAAGCGCACUAGCGAGUUCCAUUCCUGUGCCGGUAUAUGAGUGCAUUGUGAAACAGUGGUCGAAGGAGUUACCGCAAGAUGAGCCACAAAAGUCAGACGCUGCUUCAGAUGGUUCACUAGAUCGAGAUAAGGAAGAUGAAACAAUUACAAGUGAACAAGUUGCACAUUUACUGGCAGCCGUUCAAAAUCCUUGUACUCCUGCACCUAUAGGUGCAAGGGAGCGACGUCGACCAUUAGAUAAAACGAAGAGAAGAAAAGGCAUCUAUAUAACAACUGCCAGCGAUGAUGGCGGAGAAGAAGAAACGACGCCUUCAGUUAACGGAUGUAAACGUGAGAAUAGUGAUGCAUCUCUACAAGAAAUUCGACUUUCUGCCGAAACACGAACGUCGUCUCUACUUGGAGACAAAUCUGACGACUCCUGUACCAACGGCCCUCCUAGUCCUUGUGAAGCGCCUGCCUUAAUGUGGCUCAAGUCUGAAGAAUUAAGAGCAAGGAGGGCAAGAUUUUCACAACAAAGUUCAGAUGAAAGAGACGAGGACUCUUAUAGAGCUAGGCGAAAAUAUGGAGUUACAUCUCGAGGGGACUCUCCUUCUGAAGCGGAGAGUGAUUCUUGUUCUCGAGAUAGAACAGCUUCACCUUCACCUUAUAGCCCAUCAGACACUUCUGAUGUGGAAGCUAGACGGCAACAGUUCACUAGAGCACCUUUUGGUAGGACAUUAGAAGCUCCUAUAUGUCGAUCAGUUGAAGUUGGUAGAAGAAGCUUGUCAGAUGCUACUGUUCCUAGUCGCAAAACCAGUGUUGGUCCAUCCACGGCCGUGGGAACUAGACCUCGAGGUCCUACUCACGUAAGGGCUACCUCUUCGCCCUCAAAAUUAGUCGGCGUCAAACCUGGCGCAGAUCUGCUGGCAGAGCUGCUCCGAGGAAGUUCAGAAGCGCUUUCAAACUCUUCAGCCUUCGACAACGUCGUGUUAACACUUCAUCAGCAUAAUGACACGAGGACACACGUUGUAGUCGAAUUGUAUGAAACGGAGAAGUCUUACGUAGAGGCACUGGAGAUAUUGGUUAAGAAAUAUCUCCAGCCUUUGAAAAGUCCAGAGAACGCUGGUCUUCUGGACGCGUUCCUGGUGGACGAGAUAUUCUACCAAGUACCUGGGAUCCUCAACGUGCACCAAGUUUUCCUAGAGCAGCUGCGCCGGCGACUGGAACAAUGGGAUCUGCAACAAAAAGUCGGAGAUGUGUUCCUAGAAGUGUUCACCAAACCCACCGUUAUGGAUACUUAUAUGUCCUUCAUCAACAAUCUGAAGAAAGCAAAAGAAACGAUCAAGACAGCAUCAGCUUCGAGGCCAGCUUUCGCAAAGUUCUUGGACGCUAUGGCUCGAGACCACAAAGGCAAACUCUCUUUAGAUAAUUUGCUCAUAAAGCCUGUACAAAAGUUUCCGAGCUACAAACUACUGCUUCAAAGGUUGAUUAAACACACAGAUCCAUCACACCCUGACCACAAACUUUUGCUAGAAGCACAAAAAGAAGUUCACGAAUUGUUGGAGCUUAUCAAUUGCACUGAACGUGAAAGUCUUGAAUUAGAGCAACAGCAACAGACAUUAAGAGACCUAGAGCAAAUGAUCGAGGGCCUGUCAAAUCUGGUCUCAGCAGAGAGGAUGUUCCUGAGACACGAGACGGUCACAAUGCCAUCUGCUCAGGGCACUAUAAAAGAUAGAGCUCUAUUCCUUUUCAGCGAUACACUUUUGAUUACAAGCGUUAAAAGGAGGACCGGAACGAUAAAGAAACCCAUUCCAACAUACCAAAGUAAUAUUGCAAGUCUAAUGGAAGGUAACAAGUACAAGCUGUUGAUGAGAAUAUCGCUUGCUGAUCUCGAAAUAAUUAAAGCAAAAGACGAAAAUCUAAGAAGAAUUAUGCACGAAGUUGAAACGCUGACGGAAGAUGUUAAUACACUCACUCAAAUUUCUGAGCACGUAGCUGCAUUGCAUACCCAGCACUCACACCUGGAAGAAUUAGUAAGGGAAAUGCUCCACAGCCUAAACAAGCAGCUCUCCGAAAGACAAAAUAGCGACACGCAACUGUGUUAUAUGGAACUCAGUUUGAGUACACCAAGCGGCCCAGAAAACCUAACGAUUAUAUUUUCAAAAACCGACAAAAGAAGCAGUUGGGAGGAGCUUAUAAAUGAAACAAAGCAGAAAUUAAGUGUAUAUGGCCAAGAGAGACCCGCUCCGGAGUUCUUGUCUCCCGUACCAAUACGCAAAACACGAGCUGGCCUACAAUUCACAUGUGCUGCCCCGACGCUUCCACCCAAAGGACAAUCUCCUGAUGUUUGGGUGUGCAACAGUGAUGGCUACGUGGGCCAGGUUUGUGUGCUGACGCUGACUCCUAAGCCUCAAGUGACGUCAUGCAAUGGUGUCUGCAAUGCCAGAAUUCUGUGUGUAGCAUGCGUACCACCUGCACCUGCUCUGACCAGGCAACAGACCCUUGACAUACCGAGUACAAGUUCAUUGAGCAGCACAAGUUCAGUGAAACCUGGGAUCAGCAUAUCUGAUCCAGAUGACAGCUGCAAGAAUAUUCGACUCGACAGUUCAUCGUCAAGUGAUGACGAUGACGAUGGAUCAUCCACUAGUGAGAAUCAGGAUGCUCAGUCAGAAAGGAGCCUGCACGGUAGCCUCACUACGACACUUGGCAGGACUGCUACUCUGACGCCGAACCACAGCAAGAGCCUGAGCACUCCCCACACAGGUCAAAACAUCCAGGUGCAUCCCGUGAUGAAGUCCAGCUCUAACCCUGCAGUCGACAAACAGGCCAUGGGUAUAUCUUCUGGAACGCUGUCAUCGCCAGCCAGCCGCCAAUCUUCAGAAGAUAGUGGAACAACCGCCAAUCAGCCAACUAUGUGGCUUGGCACCGAAGAUGGUUGUAUACAUGUAUACAAUUGCCUCGACAACAUCAGGAUCAAGAAAAACAAAGUCAAGUUACAACACAACUCUGGUGUCCAUUCCAUUGUAUACAUGGAAGGAAAAGUGUUUGUUGCACUUGGAAACGGUGACCUUGUCGUGUAUUGCCGAGAUAUUGAUGGUUCUUGGGCGGAGAGGUCGACAAUUGCAGUGGGCACGGGGACCAGUCCCGUUGGAAGCAUGCUGCUGUCCGGUGGCAAGCUGUGGUGCGCCACUCACGCCUCCAUCAAGAUAAUCAACCCGCAUACAUUGCAGGUGGACGAAACAUUCCAAAUAAGUUCAGAAACGAAGCCUAUUAGCCACAUGGCCGUAGCUGGAGGGUCCAUUUGGUUAUCUCUGCACAAUGCAGCUCAGUUGAGAUGCUACAACGCCACCACUCGCGAGCAGUUGGCAGAAAUAAAUAUUACCCCACAAGUUACUAAGAUGCUACACGGUUGCGAUGAUAUAAUUCGACAGCACAAAGCCGCGUGUUUGCGCGUGACAGCACUUCUGGCUCACCGGGACACGCUGUGGGUCGGCACCAGUGCUGGCGUGCUUUUAACUGCGCCUCUUCACAACUCCCCCAACCCUCGCACUGGGCUUUUUACUCUGCCCCAACUUACUGGUAUAACUUACGGGCACACUGGUCACGUAAGAUUCUUAACAAUUGUCGAGAAUCCGGUUGCACAGAAGCAACCCGCCAAGCCCACACAAACAUCCCUGAAAACAAAAGCUCUCAGCAGACGUUCUACAAACGCUGAAAAACUUCAGAAACAAACCGAGACUUCCCAGAACAAUAAGGAGACACUGAUUAUAUCCGGCGGAGACGGCUACGAAGACUUCAGAAGUUCCACGAUGACGGAAGAUGCCGGCCGAGAGGACUCUACCAACCAUCUCCUGCUGUGGAGAGUGUGAGAUCAGCUCAACGCCUGUAAAGGUGCAACGGCUGCGGUUCCCAGCGCUUUCGUAAAGAAGGCUCCAGGAGAAAAGGGAUUUGACACUAAAGGUGGUUCGACUUGCAACAAUAUGUAAAUGUCUUUCAGUGUAAGAUUGGAAGAUAACUGCGAAGAGUCUGUAAGUGUCUAGCUGCGCAUAUUGCAUGUUAGCGAGCCGGUGCAGCAUGCACCGUAUCUAGUGCAAGGAUCUUAGUGCGGAUUCGAAUGUGAUUUACAAGUGCAAAAUGCUUACGAAACGAAUAGAAAAUACUUUGAUAUGACGAUGAGCCUAAUGAUUUAUUUUUAAAUGUUUCGUUAAAUGUGAAUGUUAGUAUUAUUCCAGCUUUCAUUUAAAUUUAAAUUGAUGUAUUUUAAUAAAGAUAUAAUACUAGUUAAAAUAUGUGGGCUAUUCAGAAUUGUUAGGAGUACAAACGAUGUAGUGCCUGUAAUUUAGAGCAAAGUAGUUUUUUACUUGUAUUUUUGAUCAGUCAGAGUUCUACUUUUCUCCUUUUGGGUGAUAUUGUUAAAUUAAAUCCAUCUCACGCCAGACUAACAACUCUGAAUAGGGUAUUAUUCCGCUUACAAGCGAAUGACAAUGUAAUUUUGAGAUUAUUAACGAUUAAUUAAGACAUUAAAUGUCUAACUUAAUCAUCUAAAUGCCAUAAAAUAUAUUAUAGGAAACCUAUAUUAUAAUUAUAAUAUCAACUUUUUGGAACUUAUUCAGACUUGAUAAAAUUUUUCGUGUAUAGAGUUAUUAUAUUCGACUAUAAUUUUAAUGGCCUGUUAUAUGUAACUUAAGAUUUUAUAAUAAUACAAGAUAUUGAUUAUGGUGUCGUUAGACAUGCGUAUGCAUAUAUUAUUCAGAAACAUUGAACCUUCUAUUAUAGUCGAUACGAUUUGUAUAACAGAUGCAUAUUCCUAGUUGAAAUUUACAAGUUUACACUGUAGUUUCCAUGCGGAUAUAUAACAAAUUGUUGUUUAGUAGUGGAUACAUGUUUAAAAUGUUAAGCACCUAUUUUUGGAGAGUAUUCAACUCUAAAUCAGUCUUUGUGGAGUUAUUAUUAUUGUACUAGGUAUAAAAGAAUGGAUUGAAGUUUAACAUAUUCUAGGCACAUGUAUCUUUAAUGCGCCUAUACUAGUUUUAAAAACACAACUAUUAAAUGUAAUUUACCUGAAUUUCAAGAGUCGUAUUCCAUAAGUAAAAGUACAUUAUUACGAUUAAAAUAUCUUUUGUUUAGGUGUAUAAACAUAGCAUGAAAGUGAGAAAUAUCUACUUAGUAACUGUCUUCAUAUCACAUGUUCCCGAAUUGUAGUUAUGUAAGCAGCGUUCUACUUACCUGACACAUUAAAAAGUUAAACGGUCUACCGAAUUUAUAAAUCUUAGUAGUUAUUAGAUCCAUCGCAAUGAUCGCAAUCAAACACAUUCUCGAAACAUUUUUUUUUUGAUUGCUCAAACGUUACCUGUCCCGAAAUAUUAUUGUAAGAGCAACAACUUUAAAAAUAUAAUGUUUGGAUUAUGUAUCCUAUAUUUAUAAUAUUCCAGAGUAAUAAAAAAAAUCGCACUAA